AUGAUUUGUGAAAUUAUUGCUUCAAUCAUCAUUGCCCUUUUUGUACUGAAAAUUCUUUAUUGGAUCUACUCAACAUUCCUGACGACUCCGAGUGUAAACCCAACUCCGAAGAUUCACAAGAGAGAAUUCAAAAAAGAUGUAGUGUAUCUCUAUCAGUUUCCGCGAAUCAACACUGUUCCAAACCUUUCAUCAUAUUGUUUGAAAAUCGAAACCUUUCUGAGAGCAUUCAAGAUUCCCCACGAAAUUAUCGAAACUGGAAACUUGCGUUCUAGAAAUGGAACUCUUCCAUUCAUUGAGCUCAACGGAGAGCACAUUCCAGAUUCUGAUCUGAUUGAAUUGAGACUUAGACAACAUUUUCAGAUUCCUAAUCUCUCUGCUGAAGAAGAAGCCCAAGCAACUGCAAUUACCCGCUUAGCUGAUAAUCAUUUAUUGGGAUUGAUUAUUAAAUACAAAGCUUCCGAAGAGAGAUGGUAUGAUGCAUUGUUAAGAGGUAUUCCCGGUCCAAACUUCUUGAAAACCAUUCUUCGGCCAAUUGUCAAAAAGUUGUUUAUGAAAAAGGUUCAUGAAAGAGUCGGUGCAAGUAUUGGAAAUUUCACAGAAGAUGAAGCAGAACUUUUAUGUCACAAAGAUUUGCGAGCGAUUCAGAACUCAAUCAAAGGGAAAUUCUUGUUUGGAGACAAAGUAACAUCAGCUGACUGCACAGUAUUCGGUGAAGUUGCAUCUGCUUAUUACCCAUUCCCCAACAAGUUUUCGAGAAUAAUCGACAGUCAUUAUCCGAAGAUUCGAGAGUAUUGUGACAGAAUUAUAGAAGAACUCUACCCAGAAGACUUCACUGUAUAG